GUUUAAGUUUACAAUAUCUCAAAUAUAAAUAAGUAUGAAUAACGUGUCUACCAAUGCAUGCAUUCUCAAGUAUGGAUGUUCUCACUUCGAACUGGUCCAACAUUCAAUCUUUACCGGAAAGCUAUGUUUUCCCACCUGAACGAAGGCCUGGAACCAAUAAUAUUCCGGCAUCCAAAGACAUUCCGAUCAUCGAUCUAGAAAAGAUUUAUGGCCCUGAACGAUAUGAGAUCGUUCAACAUAUUAUAAAAGCAAGUCAAGAUUUUGGACUUUUUCAGGUGAUCAAUCAUGGAGUUUCGAGGGACUUAAUGUAUCAAACAAUGAGAAUUUUUCAAGAUUUCUUUGCGUCUCCUGCGGAAUUUAAAUCGAGAUUCUAUUCAAACGAUUUAAACUCAAGUUGUAGGUUGUACACGAGCACGUUAAACUAUAAAAAUGAAACGGUUCAUUAUUGGCGAGACAAUUUAACUCACCGGUGUCAUCCUCUUGAAGAUCAUAUAACCCAUUGGCCUGAAUACCCUUCCGGUUAUCGGAAUAUUAUUGGGAAGUACUCGAUUGAAGCGAGGAAGUUUUUAUUAACAAUGUUGGAGCUAAUUUGUGAAGGAAUGGGGCUCGAAAUGGGGUAUUUUGGAGGCGAAUUGAGCAAGAUCCAAUUGAUAUCGGUGAACCAUCAUAUUCCUUGUCCAAAUCCAAGUUUAACACUCGGAAUGCCCGAACAUUGUGACCCUAAUCUUAUUAGCAUGCUUCAACAAGGGCUCCAGUUACGGGUUAUAAGCAAUGAGAAGCUAGCAAGUGCGGUGCACCGAGUGGUGACGAAUUCAAAGGAGUCACGAACCACCAUCGGGACAUUCCUGACUCCUUCAAGUGACAUUUUAAUACGGCCUGCGGAUAGUGUGCUCAAGGAAAGUUCCUUGACACCAUUGUAUCGAGGUUACACAUACAAAGAGUUUUUUAGUAUGUUCACGGGUAACAAUUGUGAUGCAGAAAGGGCACUAGAGUGUUUUAAGCUAUGAACAAAAGUCACGUUGGCUUAAUGAGGUUGUCGUUUGUGUAUUCUACUACAUGUGUGGGUUCUUUUUUCUUUUUUUACUAACAGUUUGAAUGUUGUAAAAUAUAUUUGUGUGUUAAAGUUUAAUGACAUGUAGGAUACAAGUAUACAUAUGUUAUCUCUAUUGUUUUUUUAUAUAUAUUUAUGAUGAUGAAGAUAUGAUAUGUGUG